AUGAGUUUGGCGCUGACGAGCCCAGUGUUCCCACCACACAGUGCUGCUGCUGGAAACAUGGACAUUAAUGCACUGCUGACUGGAGAUUCUUCUGAAGAACAAACCCUCCAUACAAGAACUGGAGGAAACAUUGUUGUGGAAUGUUCCUUCCCUCGCUCUGGGAACAGGAAGUACUUCUGCAAGGAAGAAUGUAAAAAAGAAGACGUUCUUGUUGAAACAACUGAUUUUGAAGCUGAGAAAGACAGAUACAGCAUCAGAUAUGUAAAAGGAUUUUCAUCAGGAGGAUUUCUGUAUGUGAACAUCAGUCAGCUGACCAAGUCUGACUCAGGACGAUAUGUGUGCGGUCUGGACAAAUCUCAGCGUCAGUGGUUUAGGAUCAGUGUCACAGAUGCCCCGACCACUUCUACACCAGACCUGAAUUUCCCUGUGUUUUCAUCGGCAGUCCCAUCAACCUUCACACCAACAACAACACAGAAUUUAAGUUCCAGUUCAGAAGGCUCCACAACUCCAUACACUGAGACAACUAGAGAUGUGCUGCUGUACGUGGGUCUGACUCUGCUCGUCAUGGUGAUAAUAUCACUGUCUGUGCUGAUAAUUUACAGGAAGAGGACCUCUAAGGCCAAAGACACUCCUGUGGAAACAGAGACCAACCGAGUGUAUGAGAACUUCAGAGAGGACAGACAGAGCAGAUCUCCUCCUGUGGACAGCUCUUCAAUUCACACUUACGCCAUGUAUAGCAAACCGAAGAGAGCUGGAACCAACGAUGACUUCAGCACUGUCGCUGCAGCUCGUUCUCAAAAUACAGCUGAAGACGAUUCGAGUAGACUCACAUAUUCGGAGUUGAAUUUUUCCAACCAGGCCGUCGGCUCAUCCAGCAGCGCCCUCUGUGGUGACAGCGAUACCGUUAUCUACUCAGUUCCUCGGGUGUAAACGAGCUCUGAAGCCAGCCGUGCUGAAGAUCAUCUGUCAGUGUAUUCCACUGCUCCAACGCUGCUGCAUUUCUUCUCCCAACCUGCAACCGACAGAUGGUUAAGAUUAAGUGACUGUAAAUAAUCUGAAACAUUCACGUCUCUCUGUGUGACGUGACCUGUUCAUGUGAUGAGAAGUUCUAGUUCUGUCCUCAGUGACAUCACCACAGAUGUACUGCCUCAACAAUCUGCUUCAAGCUAGAGAUACUUUUACUACUUCAGUGUUUUAUGGAGUUCAUUUUAUAAUAAGUUAUUGCAACGUUAUUAAAGUAUCAUAACCACAGUAAGUUAUUUAGGGUUAGACAAAAAAAUUCAUGUUUGAGAUAACACUUUAUUUAAAUAGUC